AGUACUUUUAACUUUCUACUUUUUAUAAUUCUACGCUAUUGAUUGAACAGAGCAGAAUAUAACAGGGUUUUCAACAUGGUUGCUAUUAAUUCUUUGAUUAUACUGACUUUCACCAUUGCAUUCGAUGUGGCAAUGGCUUGCAACGGUUACAAGGCAAGAAUUGUAAAGGCGGAAAAUUGUGCCGGACCUGACGCCAUUAUUAUGCUGGAUGAGGCUUUUGCUGUGAAACUUAAUAAAAAGUGUGAAAUUGUGCCUACGGGCUGCGUCACGAACAAAGCCUUCAAUACAGCUGUAUCGAAGUUUAAAGUGCAAAAGGAUGGUGUUGUCUUAAAGGAAGGCAAACUUGACCUUUGCUCUGCCGCGGAACAUGUUUCGAAUGAAGCUAAGGAUAUGUUAAAACUAUUUGGUGCUCCAUCUAGUUGCCCAGUACCAGCGGAGAAAAUCUGCGCAAAUGAUCACCGCGUCGAUUUGUCCAAAUACAAGGCAAUGCUGAGCAUGGCUAAAGGCAAUAUUAUUGUCGAUUCGGAUGUUACACACGACACUGGUAAAUCAUGUUUCCACGUUGAGCUCGAAAUUUCAAAAAGCUAAGGCAGUUACUGUAGUGUAAUCCAAUAAGCAAAUACUUAAUGCAAUUAUUGAUGUUAAUUCAAAAAUUAUGUAUUAAUAAAUACAAGCAAUUUAACAAAUUA